CACGAGUCUCAAUUUAAGGCUGAGCAGCCGAAUAAAAACAGCUCAGUUAAAAAUUCUCAAAAUUUUGAUUUUGGUAAAUUCAAUUGCUAAUUGGCACAAGUGACGGGAUGGCGUCCGUUCUGGUUUCCGGUUUACGCCAGAAGAUUGUUGGCUCAGCGUUGAAGAAAAGUUGUGGUUUGCUCGAACCAUCUGGGAGUGUUUUGCUUGAUCGGACUCCCAACCGCUCCGCUGCCCGAUGGUACCCCGAGGAAAAAGACUUGCAAGAAAUGAAAGGUCCUUACCUCUGGAAUCCGGGUCACGAACAGUGGAAACAUAUCCUUAUGUUGUCUGAGAAUCGUCCGGAAAUUGAAAAGAAGGUGAAGAACUUGACAUUAAAUUUUGGCCCACAACAUCCCGCAGCUCACGGCGUAUUGCGUCUCGUUCUCGAACUCGAGGGUGAAACCGUGGUCAGGGCGGAUCCACACAUUGGUCUACUUCACAGAGGAACUGAGAAGCUUAUCGAGUACAAGACGUAUACACAAGCGCUACCCUACUUUGACCGGCUGGACUACGUUUCUAUGAUGUGCAACGAGCAGUGCUACUCCCUCGCGGUGGAGAAACUUCUUAACAUUGAUGUCCCCAUCAGGGCAAAGUACAUCCGAGUCUUGUUUGCCGAGAUUACACGUAUAUUGAAUCACAUCAUGGCCGUGGGGACGCACGCCCUGGAUAUUGGAGCCCUCACCCCCUUCUUCUGGUUAUUCGAGGAGCGCGAGAAAAUGAUGGAGUUUUACGAACGCGUCUCCGGUGCGAGAAUGCACGCCGCGUACGUCCGUCCUGGAGGUGUUUCUCUGGACAUGCCACUUGGUCUGAUGGACGACAUUUACGAGUUUUCUACCAAGUUUGCCGAACGGUUGGACGAGGUGGAGGACGUACUGACGGCGAAUCGAAUCUGGAAGCAGAGAACGAUUGACAUUGGAAUCGUGACGGCGGAGGAGGCGCUCAACUACGGCUUUUCAGGUGUCAUGCUGCGUGGCUCGGGAAUUAAGUGGGACUUGAGAAAAACGCAACCAUACGAUGCCUAUCACCUUGUCGACUUUGACGUCCCCAUUGGCACAAAGGGCGACUGCUACGAUCGAUAUUUAAUCCGUAUUGAGGAAAUGCGUCAAUCCCUUCGUAUUAUCGAACAAUGCUUAAAUCAGAUGCCGGAAGGAGCGGUGAAAACAGACGAUGCAAAAAUUAGCACGCCAAGUCGGGCAGAAAUGAAGACAUCCAUGGAGGCGUUGAUUCAUCACUUUAAAUUGUUCUCGCAAGGCUACACAGUCCCACCGGGGUCCACUUAUACGGCCAUCGAAGCUCCAAAAGGCGAAUUUGGCGUCUACCUAGUCUCAGAUGGCGGCUCGAAACCGUACCGGUGUAAAAUUAAGGCCCCUGGUUUCGCACAUUUAGCCGCUUUACAAAAACUCGGUCCGAAACAUAUGUUGGCCGAUAUCGUAGCCAUUAUUGGAACGCUGGACGUCGUCUUUGGUGAAAUUGAUCGCUAAUAAUAAGACAGGGGCGACAAUUAGAUAUCUAAGCUAUAUUAUUUUGAGCCAUCGUCACCUCACAGAAAAGUGAGUCGAUCGCCGCAUCAUAACUGACAACAUAAUUGUGACGGGCGACGAUCGACUUGCUUAACUUCUUGUUAACAAGUCUUAACUGUAAUUAUUAUGUAGCUGAGUAAAAAAUGUAUUAAAAAUUGUAAAAAAUGUUUGACAAAACAA